AUGGGAGGCGAAGGCAGCGGCGUCAAGCGCGGCGCGUCGCGCGGCCCCUACCAGAAGAAGGCGAAACCUGACAACACGGCCCCAGUCCGAACGCCUUGGCAGAUCGCGGAGGACGAGAAGGCCGAGCGGAAACGCAAACGCGAGCUCAAGGAAGCGCAGGAAGCGAAGGAGCAGGAGGAACGUGACCUCGCGGCCGCGGCGUCGGCGCGCGUCGCGGGCCCGCCGCCGGCAGCCGUCGCGCUUCCACCGGGCGUCGCCGGCGGCGUGAGCGCGGGGAUCGUGCAGGCGCUGGGAAACGGCGGCGCGGACGUCGACUGGUUGGCGAAGCAGUUCGCGGGCGUCUUCACCACGCAGCUGCACACGCAGUUCAGCGCGGAGAUGGAGUCCAUGCAGAAGUUGUGCCGCGCGGCCUACGCCGAGCAGGCCGAGAGCGUCCGGCGCGAAUACCAGGGCCAGCUCGCGGAGAUGGAGCGCGUCGCGCGGGACGCGCGGUCGGCCGCCGACGCGCUCGAGACCCAGGUCGCGGCGGCCAAUGACGCCGUGGCCGGGCGCGCCGCGCUGCGCGGCCUCGAGGCCCACGCCAAGCACACCUGCGUCACGCCCGACGGCCGCGUCUUCUGCUACACGUGCUCGAAGCACUGGAAGGAGGUCGCCCUCGACGGCCGCUCGACGGGGAGCAAGUGGCUCAAGGGCGCGUCCAACCCGCUGCGCGACACGGACGACGCGAAGGCGCUACGGGCGGCCGCCGCGUCGCACUUCGGCGGCGACGGCCGGGACGUCUGCACGCUCCACAAGCGAUGCGUCGAGCGCGAGGAGGACUCGACGCGGCAGACGGUCCUCAACGCGGUCUUUAGCGCCCAGGAGCUCCGCGAGGAGAAGGCCAUGGCGAACCUCUUUCGCAUCGUCCUCUCCAUGGCGAAGCGCCACGAUGCGCUGCAGACCUACGAGUCUUCCGUGGACCUCGCGGACCUCAACGGCGUGGAGGUGGGCCAGCGGGAGCACUCGCGCUUCACGGCGCGCUCCAUGGCUCGCGUCGCCGCGGCCAAGGGCCGGAGCCAGGUCAAGGUCUUCCUCGAGCGUGCGCAUCAACCCGUUGAUGAGCUGCCGCAUGGCCUCGGCUGGGCUGGCCGGCGCCGGUGCGCGCUCGAUGAGCUCGAAGAAGGCCCGUUUCGCCGAGUUGUGCUCGAGCAGUUCGAUCGAGGCGAGCUGCUGCGCGACGCCGGCCGUCUUGGACGAGACGAGGUACAAGAGGUGCGACUCGAAGAUGGCGCCUUGGUCCUCCUCGAGGCCGUUGACGUACGUGUCGUAGUCGCCGGACCGGGGCGUGGCGAAGGUCGGUUUCGUCGCCUUGACGAGGACGCGCAGGAGCGGCUGCACCUGGCUCAUCUUCUGCAGGAAUAUGAUGAACUGCUGUGUGUUGUGCGCCCGAUCUUUUGA